UGGUCUGCGUCUGAGAGCUGAACGGGUAAACAGGACCGCAGCGGCAGUGGCAGCAGCAGCAGCAGCAGCAGAAGCCGAAGACUGGUAAAGAUCAGUGGGCGGGGGAGACAGGAAGAUGUCACCAGGUAAGGAAAUAGUGAGACAGAGGAUGGGUAGAGUGAGUGUGAGGACAGAGAGAAAGAAAGAGGGAGAGUCACACCUUGAGGAAGUUAACCAAACAAUAGAAGGAGAACAAAAGACGCAUCAGACUGAAGGUAAGAUUGAUGUUUUCCUGUUAAAUUCACAUUAAAUGUCAAUGUCAGGCCUUGUUUAUCAUUUGGCAGACUUUACAGAAUGUGUCCCUCCUUUUCAAUGUGGUGUUUCUACUGGUCCACUUGAUAUCCUGCCUUUAAUUUUCCCAUGCUGAAACUGUUUCUCCAUAGGAUGGGACUCGUGCAAUGUGUCGUGAUAGUCUUGAUGUUAUCUGCACAGUCGGUGUUCACCUUCCCGUCGGCCACUAUGAAAGGCACAAAGUGUGAAAAAAUGUGCCCCGCAGGUACGUAUCAGAAGUCUUGUACAGAGUGUGCGUCCUGUUCCCCUGGAAGCUACACGACUGACUGGAACGAAGAAGACAGCUGCCAUAUCUGCUACCUAGACUGCAGACCAGUUUAUCAUCUGAAGGUGGUUCAGAAUUGCACCAGCACGUCCGACGUGAAGUGCAGCUGUGAGGCUGGCUUUGAAUGCUCUGAGUGGGUCACUCUCCCAACGCACUGCAAAUACUGCAGAAAGAUCCAGGCAACAACUGGAGCAGGAACCACUAUCUCAGACCAAGAUAAACACACGCCUUCCUCAGCUUCCUCAGGACAUAGCAGCACUUCUACCAAGCCAUGCCAAAUUCCCAAGUGUGGCUCUAAGAUAGGCCCGACGGCAGAAAAUGGCACAAAUCUCAAACAAGACAAGAUGAGCAGUCAGCUGGCAGCCAUCUUGUGUCCUUUGGUUGUCAUGGUAUGCGUGGCCCUCAUGAUCCUGUUCUUCAUUUGUCGGCCUGGAGAUGAAUCAUGUUUCAAGCAAGCUAUUGCAUUGCUGAUAUGCAAUGAGAGAGGUCGAGAUGCUUCUCACAAGUCAAAGGAGUCAACGCAUCAGUUUCCCAGAGACUCAUUCAGUGCAAAGCAGCCACCGCCACUUUCAGCAGCCAAUCUGGGUCCAGUCCAUGUCCACAAUCCAGGGACGGUCAUCUUUAGCUUGCUCAGUCAGUUCACAGGCCAGGUUGGUCCGACAAUUGAAGCGGGGAAGGCGGCUGAGAGGACACGCGGCGAAGAAGAAGAAGAGGAAGAGAGGGACUGUCCUGUGUUUCAUCCCACAUCCUCUCCCAGUAUUCAUCUCUCUGAGGAGGAGAGGAGUGGAGAGGACGACAGCAUUUUCUUUCCCUCCCAGGAGCAAGGGAAGGAUUACCACGUGUCCAAAGAGGAGGCGCUAUGAUGCACCGCAAAAACCUCAGAAGAUUUGUAGCGGUGGUUGUGACCGCUGCAGUCCAGACUGAUUCCAAAAACAUUCUCUGCAAAGGACGGAACGAUGAAAUUGUGCAACCACAGAUGAGUGAGGAGCACAGUCAUCUUUCUCUGCCAAACUGUGAAUCACAGCGUUCUACAGAUGUUUUCAUCUGCAGGCUCUGGAAAGACGUGUUCAGUGCACAUCAGAAACUUUAACUCUGGGAAGAACAGCUGGAAUCUCCUUUGUAAGUUAUAAUUUACAAUGUAAAUACUCGUUAAUAAGCUCUGGCAGCUCUCUCUAAAGUACCUGCAUGUUUAAUGUCUUGCAUAAAUAACAGGCAUUUGGUUGGCAAUUACAUUUUAUUGUGAAUUCAAAAACUAUGUAGAAAUGUGGGUAAGUUAAAAGCAUUCACACAUAUGUAUAAUAAGACUGUGAAUAUGCAGCCAAAAGUCUAUUUAUAUAUACCUAUAAAUGUGUAUAUAAGAUGUGAAAUAUCUUUAACUUUUGUGUACCAUAGUACAUACCACUGUUUUUGCAAUAUACUGCGUAAGCUUCACAGCGUCACACUCUGUAAUCUCAGCGUCUUUCAGGUGCUUCUCUGUCCCUUUAUACACGUAUUUUAACAUCACAGGUGUCAGUCAUGUUUCAUCUCAGGAAACAGCAUCAGUGUUGAAACAAAUGUUGUGUUGUUCCAUUCUUCAACAUGACACAAGUGACGUUUGCCUCCAUUUCUCAUAAAAAUGUCCAAAGCCA